AUGAGGCCUUUUUCGUCAUCCAAAAAAAUUAAUAUCACGCUCCUGAGUCCCGACUCCUCGCCGCAGAUGGUCUGGUAUACAACCAUGGCGUCCGACAGUUACACCGACAGAAACGCUGUUUUCCGCAAGCUCAGAUCGAAGCCCGAGAAUAAGAUGUGUUUCGAUUGCAAUGGCAAAAAUCCGACCUGGGCGUCUGUGACGUAUGGGAUCUUCCUGUGUAUCGAUUGUUCGGGGGUUCACCGAAGUCUUGGGGUGCACAUCAGCUUUGUUAGGUCAACAAAUAUGGAUUCAUGGACUCCGGAGCAGUUGAAAAUGAUGUGCUUUGGUGGAAAUAACCGAGCUCAUGUUUUCUUCAAACAGCAUGGAUGGACCGACGGAGGCAAGAUUGAGGCCAAAUAUACCUCAAGAGCUGCUGAGUUAUACCGACAAUUACUCUCGAAAGAAGUUGCUAAAAGCAAUGUAAAGGAUGCUAAUUUACCUUUGUCACCCGUUGCUUCCCAGUCACCAAGGUCUAAUGGAUUUUCUGAUAUCAACUUCACUGAAGAUCCAAAGGGAAGUCCUCUAAACGACGUCCCAAAGGAAACUUUUGCUCCCAAAACUGUGAUCCCUGAGGUUUCUUCUUCUCCAAGAGCCUCUCCGACUGUUGGGUCAAUUACUGUGAAGAAAGCUCUUGGUGCAAAGAAAACUGGGAAGACCGGAGGCCUAGGUGCUAGGAAGCUGACUACCAAGCCUAGUGAAAGCCUUUAUGACCAGAAGCCGGAGGACCUUCCUGUACAAGUUUCUCCUGCAAAUUCUUCAUUGAGUAGCACAGCUGCAGUUGGUUCAUCGUUUACGUCUAGAUUUGAGUACACAGACAAUGACCAACCUACUGAGAUGAGCUCUGGGGGUUCACGUGUCAGCCAUGUCGUACCUCCGAAGUCAUCCAAUUUCUUUGGAGAAUAUGGCAUGGACAGUAGCUUCCCAAAGAAGAGCAGCUCAAUCUCGACAAAAGUUCAAGUUGAGGAGACGGAUGAAGCGAGGAAAAAGUUUUCCAAUGCAAAAUCAAUAUCGUCAGCUCAGUUUUACGGUGUUCAAAACAAGGCCGGUGAUUUGGAUGCGUCAGCUUCUUUGCAGAAAUUCUCUGGGUCAUCUUCGAUCUCCAGUGCUGAUCUCUUUGGUCAUGGUUCGAGUUCUACUAAUACUGACCUUACAGCAAGUGAACUCAUUACUAAGUUGUCUUUCCAGGCACAGCAAGAUAUAUCUUCGCUUAAGAAUAUUGCUGGAGAAACCGGGAAGAAACUUGGCUCCAUCGCGUCCUCUUUAUUCAAUGAUCUUCAGGACAGAAUACUCUGA